AUGCCCCAGAAACCCACACAACCUCUGGAACAACACCACAAUAAUCAUGACAAUCUAUUCUUGAACAAUCAAGAUCUCCAUGACAUGACGGACACCCAGCAAGAUCAAUGGAUGUCUCUGAACAAUGGUGUCCAAUUUUUGCCCAGUCACAAGUGGGAGAAUGGAUUGCUCGAAGAUUCCCAAAUUCGACAAUGGGCAUCCCAACAAUUGACCCGCAAUGGACAACACCGGACGCAUGCGCGACGACACCUUGGUAAUGAUGGAGGAGAUGCCGAUACCAAUGUCAUGGUCAACAAUGAUAUUUAUUACCUCUCGCCCUUUGUCGAAGGAGAAACCGAAUACGACGAAUAUCAGCAAGCAUGGAGAUUGUUGGGAUUCAUGAUUGAUUGUGACGAUAUGCUCUCCGAUGUCGAUGAUGACGGGAAUGGGAACAGUGGAAGUGGAGAUCAAGGGACAGGAGAAGGAUGUCAUCGUUAUGUCAUUUGGGCUGCGUAUGUCGACUUGAACUACCAAGGUGGUGGUAUUGGAGAAUAUCAGUACUACGACAAGGAUACCGGAGAAUGGAACGACACUCCCUGCUCCAUUGUCGAAGAUUCACGAUGUGCCAAAAUGGACUGCCACGAAGAUGGAACCCAUUGGAGUCUACUGGGCAUGUUCAAACACCAGUCCCUCGAUGAUUGGAUGGAACAAUUGUUCAAGCACGAAGGCAUGUGCGUAUGGACCGAAGAUGAAUACGAUUUCAUGUCGGAUGCCAGAGAGGCAUGGCCACAGGGAUGCGUCGCCACGGGAGCCGCAUCCACCUCUGGCGAUGCCAUUUACUAUUCCACCAAACCCAUUGCCGGAGGAAAAAUCACCAUUGGAUUGUACACCGACACGAGGUGCAUUGAGGAGUACGUGUCCACUGGAGACGACGAUCCCAUUACGGUGGAAAAUGUCGUUGGAAAUGUCUUGGGAGAAGGUGGAAGUGGCGACAACAACAAUAAUAAUAAUAAUGGCGGUGGAGAUGAAACGUUUGCCAGUGCUCUGGAACAGUGGGAUUACUCCCUCGAGACAUUUCGGAUCUGUCAACCCUGUGUGGCCUACGAUGUGCACAAUUACGGAUACAAUUUGGACGAUGAUGAAAAUCGAGGCGAAAAUUACGGAACGUACCGCUACGGAUACGAUGAUGACUAUCGCUACAAUUACUACUAUGGCAAUGGCAAUGCGCAAGGAGAAGAUUUUGAUUGUUAUGAUGAUGCGGAUUAUACCAAUGUCAAUCAGUGCAUGAAGUUCAUGGCCAAGACAGAAAUGAAGACGGCCAGCUUUCGCGACAUUUUGUUGGCCAAUGCCCAAGGGACGCUGGUGGAGAAUCCCUUACAGGGAUACAUGGACUCCAGAAACAGAGGAUGGUUGGCGAGGCGUCGCAACUCCACCAGUGCCUUUGGAAUGUGGUUUUGGCUGAUCGUCAGCUUCGUCAUGUUCGUCUACGGAUACUUGUCCUUUGUUAAGGUGCAACGGAACUCUGACUACAAGCUCCCGAGACUUCAAAUGAAUCUCAAAGAACCAUUGGUCUACACAUAA